AUGCCACCUCGACCAAGCCGUCGACGGCAGCCGAGGUUCUCUGUCAGAGAGCCCGACACGCUGUCAUACCAAAACCCCAUUACUUUUCAAAAGCCCAACUUGCCCCCCUUGCAAGGAACUCCUAGCUCCAGGAGGCAGUACUCAUAUGGCGCAGAGGUUGAACCCAUGCCCACACGGCCAACCCACGGCCAAACGGAGGAAGAGCCUCGAGAUAUCGGCACUGCGGUCAGACAUGUUUUAGUACCGCCUGGUGUAAAUAACGAGGAACAGCAAAAUGAUCAAGGCGGGCGAGGUGAAUCCUUGCCAUCACAAAAAGAGCCACAGAAACCUAAAAUUGCUGAGCCAGAGCCGGAUGAACUGGCUGGUGGCCAGUUGAUGCGACCACCACACCUACCUUCUUAUCUCUCUGGUCCGUCAAAUGUCGGGCCAAUGACACGCCCGUUGCUAUCGCUAAGGAAUCCCCGGUUGGAGGGCAGUGACGCCGAUGACGCGAGGAGUUUUGGGAUUGAGAGUGACUUCUACGGUGAUGCAACGAUAAGUUCGACACCUAGGGCUCCAGUAUCCCAGCAGCCAGUGUUACGCCGAGACGUUUCAGUAGAGUCUGCCUCUACCAACGACGGUCCUCGACGCUCAGCGCGGAACAUGCGACGUCCCAUGGUUAGUGAGGAUGAAGUGGACUUGGUCAAGCAACCUCAAAACGGCUACAAGGGACCGGCAAAGUCGACCGUUGGGCCAUCGCCGCUACGCGCGCCUCCUCGGCGGCCACCGCCAAGACAAACCGCUAUACAGCCUCGGCUUGAACCACAAGUAGAAGAAGACGAGGAGGAGGAGGAAGGCGAAGCUGAUGACGAUGCUACCGAAGAGGAACGAGAGGAAAUUGAAGAAGAAGACGAGCUCAUCAGACCGCAGAAACCUAGAGCCAUCGGAAAGACCAACACUCCAGCCCCCAAGCGCUCACAGCCUGUUUCACGAGAUAAGAUUCAACGAACACGGGUCAGCGGGCCAUCGCCAGCACAACAAGGAUCCAUUUCCAACGCCAGAUUACAACCCCGGACUUCUAAUAGGAUUGCGUUCGAGAGCCAGUCAGGACGUGCACAAAAUUCCACAUCGGAGUCAAGAACCGCUCGUAGCCGACAUCGAGAAGGCCGCCGAGAUACAGAAUCUGACGAGGAGGACUCAGAUAAUGGUCGAUGGCUUAACCGAGCGAAUGCGACCUCCAAUUUCUCAAACUUGAUUUCUCAGGCCAAGUUUUUGGUAAGCAGCAGCCCGUUCAGUUUGGGCAGACGAUACCCAAGUGACGAAAGCGAAUUUGAUGCAAUGGUACGGAGAGAUAUCAACGCAGCGGAGGCCGAACUCGCGCUCGAGAGACAGCGAGAGGAAGCUGAGGGAGCCCGGCUACGCAGCGAACAACGGUGGCUGUGGCUAACAUCUCUUUGGCCUUUCACAAGCAGAAGGCAAUCCUACGUGGAUGAUGGGACCGAUGGGAGGAGGGGACGUCCCAAGUUUUCCAGUGCUUUGCGAUUCCUUAACCCAAUGACUUACAUCAGAGGAAUCGCAUGGUUAAUCCAGGUGAUCCUGGAUUGGAUUAUGGAGCUCGUUCAUUUCAUUAUACCCGAUGGGCUUUGGGAUCGUUUGUCAUCAGUGUUUGGAUUCCUCCCACAUAUAUUAGCAGGCGCGCUGGCAUUUGUGGCAGCAUUUGCCCUCGCGACUCAAUUAGUGGGAUCGACAGACCGCGAUUGGGCUCCUAAUGCUGUUGAAGCAACUUUGCAGGCUUUUGACGACAUGCGAUAUAGAAUCAGCGACUUGAUUCCAACCGUAACAUGGCCGAGGCGGAACCGGUGGGUCGAUAUUGACGAUCUAUGGGACGACGACGAUUCGUCAAGAGACAAACUCCAACACUUCAUCAACCGCAUGGAAGAAGAGUUCUUGUCACUCAAAAGAUCAGGAAAGAUUCACGAUGCCUCUAUCCAAAAGUUGGAGACUGUUCUUCCUUCUAUUGUGCACAUGGAACUGAGAGAUGGACGACCUGUCAUUUCAGAGGAGUUUUGGCAUGCGCUGAGGGAUCUGAUACAUGCAGAUGGUGGAUUUAUGGCCUUCGACAAGGUUGGAAACGAGUAUGCCGUGUCCUCCGACCGACAAUGGAGCGCCAUCACAUCCCGACUAGUACGGGAUCCAGCAUUUACAGGGAAACUUAAUCUCACUGUAUCUGGGCUAGAAGAUAGGAUGAGUCGCAAGAUGACCACAUUCUGGGAUAAGUGGGUGAAAGACAACGACGACAAGAUUGCGCAGAUGGUCGGAACAGCAGUCGAUCAAAUCAAGCCCGCUCUAUCGCAGAAAGAGUUUGAAGACCGACUCACCAGGCUUGUCAACGAGCGACUCGCCCAAAGAGCCCAGGACAAGGACCAAAACGGCGGGAAGUUUGUUCCGCGAGAAGAGUUCCUGCGCCAUAUCAGAAACGAGCUCUCAAGCUUGGCGACCAGGCUCAAGGCCGAACUCGACGAUUUGCAGCCACGAAUGCAACAACUAGUCCAAAAAGCCGUCGACAUCGCCACCAAAGACCUCACCCACGGCAUGAGCCGAGCAGAUGUCACGACUCUAGUGAACACCCUCAUUCGCAAAGCCCUCGCCGACAUCAACCUCGAGGCCAUGGCCCGUGGUAAAAUCCACAGCCACUGGGACACCGAACUCCGCAACCAAGUCAACUACUUCGCCACCGGGUCUGGCGCCAAAGUCGACCCCAGACUCACCUCUGCCACCUGGGACCCCAAAGGCAGGGCAAUCACCCCCGAACAAUACGAGCAGGGUUGGCGCGGAUCAGCCGCCCGUCCACCUCUUGCUGCCCUCGAAUCAUGGGAAGACGAAGGCGAUUGCUGGUGCGCAGCACGAUCUGUAAACCACCGCGGUAAUCCUCACGGCGCAACCCUCUCCGUGCAACUCCACCACUCCAUCAUCCCGCAACACCUUGUCAUCGAACACAUCCUCCCAGGCGGUACUACCCAACCUGGUGCGAGACCGAGAUCCAUCGAAGUGUGGGCCGAGGUACUCAACUCCGAUGUCCGCGAACGAAUCCUCGACUUUGGCUCCGUCUACUUCCCCGAUGAUGAAAGCGACUGGAACUUUACACCGCCCGACUUUCCGUCUGCAUUCGUCAAGAUCAGUCAGUUCGUGUAUGAGGGAGCCGAGUUGCACGAUGGAGUGCAUGUGCACAGAUUGAGUAGCGAGCUGCUUGCUCUGGGGGCGCAUACGGACCGCGUGGUCGUGAGGGCGGUUAGUAAUUAUGGCGCGGAGAAUCAUACCUGUUUCUAUAGGGUGAGGCUGUAUGGAUUUAAUGUCGAGUUGGAUCUUGAGGACAGAAACGGAAGUGCAUACUACUAG